ACCCACGCAGCCUGCGAUCCUUUUAAAAAAGACGCCACAGAACCGCUGCAGUUUCAUUCAGUAACGUUAGUGUGAAUAAGAGAGGAUGGCUCCUGUUUCAGUAAAAAGCGUUUUAAUAAGUGAAAGCGUCGAUCCGUGUUGCAAAAUUAUACUGCAGGAAAACGGCAUAGAUGUGACGGAGAAACCGCAGAUGAGUAAAGAGGAGUUGCUUGCAGAGAUUCAGAAAUAUGACGGAUUGGUUGUCCGAUCAGCAACCAAAGUUACAGCUGACGUCAUCAAUGCUGGUAGUAACUUGAAGAUCAUUGGACGGGCUGGAACAGGAGUUGACAAUGUGGACGUGGAUGCGGCGACCAAAAGAGGAAUCAUUGUUAUGAACACUCCUAAUGGAAACACGAUCAGUGCAGCUGAACUGACUUGUGCUCUUUUGAUGAACUUGUCAAGACAUAUUCCACAAGCUGCUAUGUCAAUGAAGGAUGGACAAUGGGAUCGUAAAAAGUUCAUGGGUGCGGAGCUGUCUGGAAAAGUUCUCGGUAUCUUGGGGCUCGGAAGAAUCGGUAAAGAGGUGGCAACAAGAAUGCAGUCGUUCGGUAUGAGGACCAUUGGUUAUGACCCCAUAACUCCUCUGGAAGUUUCAGCAAGCUGGGGAGUGGAGCAGAUGUCCCUGGAGCAACUUUGGCCUCAGUGUGAUUAUAUCACAGUCCACACCCCACUCAUACCUGCCACCACAGGUCUCCUUAAUGAUACCACGUUUGCUAAAUGUAAAAAAGGUGUGAAGGUGGUAAACUGUGCUCGUGGGGGUAUCAUCGAUGAAGCGGCCCUGCUGCGGGCUCUGGAGUCGGGGCAGUGUGGAGGAGCGGGACUCGAUGUGUUUGUAGAGGAGCCUCCGACGGACCGGGCGCUGGUAAAUCACCCUAAUGUCAUCGGCUGUCCUCAUUUAGGUGCCAGCACUAAAGAAGCUCAGGCCAGAUGUGGGAAGGACAUCGCUCUGCAAAUUGUAGACAUGGCCAGAGGCAAAGCUUUAGUGGGAGCUGUGAAUGCUCAGGUUUUGGCCAAUACGUUUUCACCUGACUCUCAUCAGUGGAUCAAAUUGGGCGAGUCUCUGGGCCGAGUGUUAAAGGCUUGCACAGCUUCUAAACAACCGUAUAGUCAGGUUCAUGUUACAUCACUCGGUGAAUGCUUGAAGAAAUCCACUGGGUUUUUGAGCUCAGCAGCUGUAGUUGGUCUGCUCAGAGAAGGUCCUCAGUAUGGACCCAACCUGGUGAAUGCACUUCCCUUAGCAGCUGAGGCAGGAAUUACAGUAAAGACAGCUCAUGAGGAGUCAGGUGCUCGUGAGGCCUGUGUGGUGGAGGUCUCCAUGAACGGCAGUAGCUAUAAGGCUGUCGGUUCGGUUCAGGCUGGUGUUCCCGUGCUGUUGGAGUUCAAUGGAAGUGUGUUUCGACAGCCCGUUCCUCUCACUGGACACUUGCUUUUCUUCAAGGCUACAACUUCCACCGAGCUUCUGCUCUCAGUAACUGGAGUUUUGGCAGCUGCAGGUGUGGAUAUGGAGUCCUUUAGUGCCUCUACUGCCAUCAGUGGUGAUACUUGGUACUGCAUGGGAAUAUCCUCACUGCUGGGAGAUAUUGGUGCAUUAAAGUCUUUAGUUAAAGAGGCUGCACAGCUCACGGUCUGAAUACCUAUGAAGAAUUUUAAUAGGAACCACUUAAUGUUGUAUCUUAAGCUCUAGCCGGCUUGUGUUUCAUUCCAUUGUAUUACGCUGUUACAUGUUCGCGUUAACACUAAGAGCAGACAUUUUUAUUUACGUACUGUGUUUACUUAAACCACUUAUUUGUAUUGAAG